AUGUGUGCACCGCCGCUGCCGGUGCGGAGCGGCGCCGCGACACCCAAGAGCGAGCCACGGAGCGACUCGCUGUCGACUGGCGGGCACACCACGCCGUGCACGCCGCUGCAUUUUGACGACGUCGAGCGUGUUCCGACCGUCUUUUCGUGCGAGUGGGACGAGUGCAAUGCCCACCUAUCGACGCUCGAGGCGCUUGCUGCGCAUGUGCAGCAGACGCAUACGAUGCAGGCCAAGCACUGGGAGGCCGUCAUGCAAGGCUCGCACUCGCCGUGGGCGACCGACUGCACGACGCCGAGCGAGGAAGCGCCGUACAUCGCCGGUGAUGCACACCUCGAAUCACUACUUCAUUUGGAGCCUGCGUGCCUGUGCCCUGCCCCGCUCCCUGGCAAGAAGAAGCACGGGUGCGGCUGGGAGCACUGCACCGAGUCCUUUGACACGCACGCCGAGCUCACCGAGCACAUUGCGACCGUGCACGUCGGCAGCGGCAAGAACCAGUACGAGUGUCGCUGGGUCGGCUGCGCACGCGUUGCCGAAGGGCGCACCUUUUCGCAGCGCCAAAAAGUGCUUCGGCACAUCAAAAGCCACACGGGCGACCGCCCGUAUGCGUGCCCCGUGUGCGAGAAGCGCUUCACCGAGGCGACGACCCUGACGCAGCACAUGCGUACACACACCAACGAGCGCCCGUACAAGUGCGACUUCCCGGGAUGCAACAAGACCUUUAGCGUCGCCGGCUCGCUCACGAUCCACCGCCGGACGCACACGGGUGAUCGCCCGUUUGUGUGCCCGGUGCCGGGGUGCGGCAAGCAGUUUGCCGAGAGCAGCAAUCUGAACAAGCACAUGCGCGUACACCGCGGCGAGCGCCCGUUUGCAUGCCCCGAAUGCAAGCGCACCUUUGCGCGCCUCGACCAGGUCACAAGGCACCGCAAGACGCACCUGCGCCCCCACAGCGAAAUAGACCGGGGCGCCUCCACGCCCCUCCACCAGGUCGGUGGGCACCCCGGCGCGGUGCGUGCGCUGGACGGCGGUGCGCGUGUCGUCAAGGCGUGCUCUACCCAAGAGGCCGAGUUUUACCUCGAGGCCUGGCGCGACGCCGGCGCGGCGCAUGCCCGUUUGCAAGAGUGCAUUCCAAAGUGCUUUGCGAUCCAAAUCGAGGGCCGUGCGGUGUGGGGCGACGCGGUGGGCGGCGACGGGAGCGCCGUCGUGCUCGAGAACCUAGCGUAUGGCUAUGAAAAUGCAAAUGUGUGCGACAUCAAGCUCGGCCAGCUGCUGUACGACGAGCGCCCCGGCUACACGACCCCCGAAAAAAUCGCACGCAUGCACGCCAAGGCGCAGCAGACGACGAGUGGCACGCUGGGUGUGCGCGUCACGGGCUGGAGCGUCUGGACAGACGGCACAUCUGCGACCACCGGCAAAGAGCCCGGGCGCGCCGCGCAGACGCUCGACGACGUCGGCCGGCUGUUGACCGAGGCGCUAUGCCUCGACGAUCCCCUGCACCGCGCCGCGGCCCAAACGCGCCUCUUGCCCCGCAUACGCGCACUCCAAGCAGCGAUGCGCACCGUGCCCGUGCAGCUGCGUGGCGCGAGCGUCCUGCUGGUCGUCGAUGCGUCCGCCCCCCAGCGCUGCGAUGCGCGUCUGAUCGAUUUCGCCCACUCGCGCUUUGACCGUGAGCCGGACCCGGGCCUCACGCUCGGCCUUGCGACGCUGAUUCGUGCGCUAGAGACGUAUACCUAA